AAAUGGAAUCUUCCAUCGUGAUGUGAAACCUGAAAAUAUUCUCAUUAAGGAUGAUUUGUUGAAACUGGCGGACUUUGGCUCUUGUCGUAGUCUGUCAUCCAGACAGCCUUACACUGAAUAUAUUUCUACAAGAUGGUAUCGAGCUCCAGAGUGUCUCCUGACUGAUGGUCACUAUAACUACAAGAUGGACAUCUGGAGUGUUGGCUGCGUCUUCUUUGAAAUCCUAAGCCUGCAUCCGAUGUUUCCUGGCGUCAAUGAGGUGGAUCAGAUCAGCAAAAUUCAUGAUCUCCUAGGCAGUCCAGCUCCAAGUGUUUUGAAUAAAUUUAAAAGGUCACGAGGAAUGACCUUUAACUUUCCAUACAAGAAAGGCUCUGGUAUCGAGAGUGUGCUGACUCAUGUCUCCAUUGAAGCCAUUCAGUUGAUUUGUUUGAUGUGCACAUACGAUCCAGAUGAAAGAAUCACAGCACACCAAGCACUGAAGCAUGUCUAUUUCCACAACCAGAGGAAAUGUGACAUCAUGUGUAUUUAUUGUAUUCAUAGAAUUGAUCAAAUGGAAGCCUACUCGUCGGCACAGCCAAAGUUAGACACAGCAUUGAUGAGUCCAGGAGAUGACCUGAAGAUUUCUGAAGCAAUUAUACAACUGGACCAAGAUCCCUCCUCACCACUGAAAGCACGAAUGACAGAAAUUACAAUGUAUCCAAGACUUCCGAAAGCUCAGUCUCAUCCAUCACAUCCAUUUAUAAACAGAAGACACAAACACAGACGGCUGACGCAGCUUGGUUUUCUGCCCCGGGUACCCAUGCACACAUCAAGCUUCAACCCAACCUUCCAGACCACUAGUUUCUCCACGUCUUUGAACAGACAGCCAGCAGCAGCAGCAGCCAGUGGUUGUCUUCUGCCUGCCAUCAACACAAUCCACAAG